AUGUUGAGAAUCUGCUGGGCCUCUUGGAGGCUGAGGCCAGAGAGGUUGGAUGUGACUGCAGACUGGUGCCCAGCACAACCCCGAGCAUCAGCAGCUGCCUGGUUUGCUGCAAACUCCUGCCUCAGGGCCCUGGCAAGGCUCUGGCCAUCGCCUGCACACCCAUCACAAUGAUCUUGGCCAGGUACUUGGCCUUGGCGGCCGCUUCACCUCAGGGGCACAGUUGUCGCUUCCUAACCCAGUGGGACCAGCUCAUUUUUAGAACCCAGCACUUGGGAGGCUAAGGCAGGAAGAUUUCCAUGAGGUCAACCUGGGUUAUAGAAUGAGUUCCAGGUCAGCCUGGGCAAUAGACCUUAUCUCAAACAACAAAAUCAAAUUAACAAAACAGUGAGACAAUUAUGCCUCCCUUCCCCACGUAUUUCUCUUCCGAUCAUAUGUUCAAAUCUAUCCGCGUUAGCCUCUGCCUGUCACAGGCUGUGUCCUCCUGACCUGAGGUUUCUUGACUCUGUCUAUUCCAGGGUGAAGGUAACAGAUGAUGCUCUCUGCAUGAGCCUGGGAAGCAGAAAAUGGGGACUUUUUUGUUGUUUUCAUUCAGUGUCUCGUUGCUCAGGCUGACUUCAAACUCCUGAUCCUCCUACCCCAGCCUCCUGAGUACUAGGAUUACCAGCAAGAGCCACUUUUCUCAGAGACGGGAGACAUUCCAAGAACAAUAAGUCAGGUGAUAAAUCGGAAGCCAGAUGCAGCAGGUAAUAUGGGAAAGGAUCAAACUUGAAAUUGUCCCUCAGAGCUUGGUGGUGGCGGCACACACCUUUAAUUCCAGCACUCAGGAGGCAGAGGCAGGUGGAUCUCUGUGAGUUCGAGGCCAGCCUGGUCUACAGAGUGUUUCAGGACAGCCAGGGCUACACAGAGCAACCCUGACUCGAACAAACAAACAUUUCCUAGAGAAGUACUUCAUUAGGAGAGACAGUCUCCAUGUGCAGCAUGAGCAGAAGUCUUGAAAAGCCAUCUGAUCCCGGAGGAUUUUUCUGACUUGUAUAGGUUUUUAUGAAGUAGCAGAAGUUUUAUACCAUGUGAUUUAGUCGAGCGAGAUCUGUGUGACUCCUGGCAUUACAAGGAUCCAGAUUGGAUAGCCUUAUAUUGCAAUUGCAAGGCGAGGGGCUGCAAGGCCACAGAACAGUAGGGCUUCUUAACUGUGUCCCAGAGAGGUGGAGUGCAGCAGGGCGUGGGGCUAAGGCAGCCAGAGGGUCUGUGAUCUAACAGUGUGUCCCUACCCUUGUAAGUCAAAGUGCCCGCUGUAGGAUCUGUUUCUGUUGUCAUUGUUUAAUGCCCAUUGACUUGGAUUGCCCUUCCAUGGCUGUAGAAAGAGGCUAGGGAAGGACCUCAAGUGUUACUAGCAUAAGGGCUCGGGUUCAAAGGGCCCUGAGAAUACUUCUAAGGGUUCUCUAAGGGGAUAGAUAGCCUUACCGUGGGUAGACACCAAGUGGGAGGCAAGAUGGGGUUUCCUAUUCUUAGGGGGCUUUCGUUUACUAAGUGGGGCGUCCCCUUGCUCUUUUCUCCCUUUCGGUGCCCUGAAAGCCCACUGUCACCGCCCGUCAGCUAUCUUUGCUUACAGAGAUACUUUGAGCAGCCCCCAUUUCUUGGUCAUCAGUGGGUAAUGCAUACUAGUGGGGCAGCUGAGUCACUGGCAGGGGAGGGGAGGGGCUUCCUCCUGUGGGUGAAGAGGCUGUUGCCAGACCCCAGUACAUUGUCCCUCUACCACUGUGGCUUUGUACCACUUCUUGUUUUUAGAGACUGUGCGCUUUCGUAUUGGAGAAGGUUUGUGUGUUUGCACGCCUAUCAGAGGGAUUGACAUUCUGGGUGUCUUUUACAUAGGAAUAUCUAAUGUGUUCCCAAGUGUGUGAGGUUAGGAAUUAGAAAGCUCAGAAAUGGAAAAUAUUUAACAUUCGGGGAGCAGAUGAACACAAGGUUGCCAUUUGCAUUUUCCCUUUCGCUCUGACUCAUCUUCCCCUAUCUCCACCCUACUGCCCCUUCACCAGCCUCACCCACCGACACACCCUGGCUGAUCUAGAAGGGGCUGACACCUGCCUGCAUCCAAGCUAGAAUGGGAGGGAGAGCAUCCUAGACCUGGAGGGAGAGAGUGGUAGAAGGCUGCUCUGAAUACCCUGGACUGGGGCAAAGGGAGAAAAGCAAACCUUACCGUAUUGGGUCUAGGAGGGGGCUGGAAUCUAGGGAGAAACGUAUGGGGACUCACACUGAUUCUUGUCACUAAAGCAGUCUGUCAACGUCUGGCUGGUUUCUCUCCCAGUUAGUUAUCACAUCUGUAUGACAUACCAGACACAGAUAUCCGGAAAGAAGUGAAUAAGAAGAUCAGCUUAAGGUUCAGAUUGAUAGGAUGGGGGAAAAAAGAAAAGCAAGAAAAAGAUAAAGUCUCCAAGGCUUUAUCCCUUCCUCAAAUUUAAGAGUGCCAAAGCUGGGUGUGGUGGCUGUGGUGGCACUGCCUGGCUGAGGCAGGACAGAGAUUUCAAGGACAUCUUGAACUACACAGGAAGAGGAAGAGAGAGAGGGAGAGAGAGAGAGAGGCUAAAAUUGUGAAGAGGUGGAAAUCUCCAGGGACCUUGACCCUUCGAGCAGAAAGUGAAAGAAGCCCCUGGUUUUGAUUUCAGAGAAAUGUCAUUUGUCAUCAGCCCAGGAAAGAUUUCUCUACUCGAAGACCACCACAGGCUUCCUGGGGUUACCCCCUCAGAGUCUGCUGGGAGGAUCUGAGUCACACAGACCCGGUCCUUGCUGGGGUCCAGAGGACAAGGGUCAGCCUACAGAAUAAGAAGCGCUUCAAAUUCCGCUUCUGUCCUUAUUCUUCUGAGGUGUCAGAAAUGGUCUCCAGCUACUCCAUGCAACGGUCACCUCUAAGACACAGAACUAACAGCAGCUGAACGCUGGCCUGCACUCGCAGAGCACUCCCGUAUGCAUGGCUCUUCAUCGCGCCUCCACCUCCGAAGGACACACUGAGAUGAGAUGCGUGAGGUGACAGAGGCUCAGACAGAUGACUUGCCAGAGGUGACUCAACUAGUAAAUGGCAGAGAUGAGGCUCAGCCUCUAACUAUUCCAAAAUGCCUGUCACCAGAGGUUCACGUCUUUGACUAUAAGGAACCCACAAGUAAGAGUUAGUUUAGGGUGAGGAACUGUCUGGUUGUUACAAGUAGAAGGUAGUCUCUUGUGGGUCUCCAGCAGAGACAGAAGGUAUAAGGCCACACCCCUUUGGGGGACUGUGGCAGACUGAUACUUGGGAUGACUGAGGACGGGGUGGAGCUAGCUGGAGGUGGGGGGCAGGAGCCCCAGAGCAGUAGAGAGCAUGCGGUGCCAGGAGGCAGCUACGGAGGUGAGUGACUGUCUCUCCCCAGCCGAGCCUUUCCACCAUUUCUGUCUACUCCCUGCCAGCUUGUAUCCCUCACCCCAAGGUGUCCAUGUAUAACCCCUCCCUCCUUCAGGGCUCCUUACUCAUGGAGGGCCUGCACACAGGGAGGGCUAGGCCUGCUAGGUGCUAAGACACUUGGGCUAUUUCUCAAUGUCCACCUCCAACAUUCUGGGAGGCCGGUGUGAUGGUUUUGUGUGCGCUUAAACUCCUGGCUUGUUGGGCUCUUUCUGAUCUUCAUUUUUUUUGGCUUAUGAAAACCAGAAAUCAAGCCAUUCCUUAGCCUCAUUUUGAGAGGAAAGAACUUCCUUUUCCCCAGUUUCCCUUUCCUCUCUCAGGCCCACAGGCUUUACAAAGCCUUCUCUAAACUUGUGGCUCUCUCAGCUCACUGGAUGGGAAUCUCUGGUCUUCCUAAUCCCUUCUCUGAGGAUGUGUUCUAGAAGCUUCAGCCUCGGAGAGGGAUGCCCUAGGGUCUGCUCUCCUGAGGUGUAACCUGUCUGCUGCCUUCCCAGGCUUUCUGGGCUUACAGCGGGGGAGGACCCACAAGCUUUUUGAGUUCCUUCAUGAACUUACACCUUACUCCAUUCAUAAUUGCCAGGUUUCAUGUGAAGUGAGACUGCUCAGAGGGUUUCCCCUGCAAAAGAGCCCAGGGAAGCAAAAGUCUUUAAACCUGAGUUGCUAACUAAAUCAGUCCUAACUUCACUACUUGAUACUUCUGCUAACUGCCUGGCUCUUGCUCCCUAGGCCCCAGAGUGGCUUCUCCUGCUGCCACAUUCCCACAGCUUGCCCUUGACUGAGUUUAUAUGACUCAUACAGGAUAGACAGCCCAAUCUGAAACCAGAGAGUCACUCACUCUUUCUCCCUUCCCCUCCACAGGCCUGAAUAUGCGAUUUCUCCCUCCCCUUUCGGCCAUGGACCCCACAUUGUGACUUUUCUUUUAGAGCCUCAGAAACUGGUAGAUUAGCCAGGAGCGAUGUCCCAGACCUUCACAAGAAUAACUAGUCCCUAUGGCUCUGAUAGGUUGGUGCAGUUAGCCGCGAGGCUUCGGCCAGCACUGUGUGACACCCUGAUCACUGUAGGGGGCCUGGAGUUCCCUGCUCACAGUCUGGUGCUGGCAGGAGCAAGCCCAAGGCUGGGUUGCAGGGGCCGGUGGGCUCUGGUUGAAGGCAUCAGCCCAUCUACCUUUGCUCAGCUUCUGACCUUUGUAUAUGGAGAGAGUGUAGAGCUACAGCCUGGGGAGCUGGGGAACCUGGAAGAGGCAGCCAGAGCCUUGGGGGUGCAGGCCCUGGAAGAGGCAUGCAAGCAAGCUCAAAAGCAGAAGAAUGAAGACAAGCUGGAUCCAGGACGGAAAAGGCACCAUAAUUCAGAAGAACUCAUGAGGAGUUCUGAGAGAGGACUGGGGGGCCCUGAAGAGAAACAGACACCAGAGAAGGAUUUUGGAAGCCAUGAGGGAGGACAGGAGACCGUACACAAGCACAAAGCCCCUGGAGAGAGCCUGGAGAUGGCAGCGGUAACUAGGAAGAGGAGAUCAGAGGAGGCCCUCAGUCCUGCCUCGGUGGGCUCCGGGGGAGCAGAGAGGAAGCAAGGAGAGGCCAUCCGAGAUUUAGAGAGCCCUGAGGGUUCUGAGGAGUGUCUUCGUGGGUGCUCUGGUCCCCUUUCCUCACCAGGUUCCCUCCUAACCAGCCUCAUUCCUAGGCCCUGUUGGGCUGAGGCCCCUUGGUUGGGGGAGGGCCAACCUGCCCUGUGGAGCAUCUUCCUGUGGCCGCCCAGAUAUGGCGUUCCCUUCUCCCUUAGCACCCCCAUCACUGCAGCCUGGCAGGUCUGGCCUCAAGACCAGAGGAUCCCACUGACCUUGAACCACUCCAAAGGUCUUUGGAGUCAGAAUCGGCAGCCCUCCUCCAGCCCGACUCCAGGAUCUUUUCCCCAGGGCCCUGAACAACUCAGCCCUUGGGAGAUAGAAGAGUCUGGGCAAGGGUACACAGGCCCACUGGCAACCUGUGUGGGUCAAGAACGCACACCGCGCUGCCCGUCUCACCAGCACCCUCCUUUACCCCUUCCUGCUCGCUCUCGGCCCUAUUCUUGCUCUGUCUGUGGAAAGAGGUUUUCACUCAAGCAUCAGAUGGAGACGCAUUACCGAGUCCACACAGGAGAGAAGCCCUUCUCCUGUAGCCUCUGUCCUCAGCGCUCCCGGGAUUUCUCUGCCAUGACCAAGCACCUGAGGACACAUGGGGCUGCUCCUUAUCGCUGCCCUCUGUGCAGGGUUGGCUGCCCCAGCCUGGCUUCCAUGCAGGCGCACAUGCGUGGCCACUCGCCCAGCCAGCUGCCGCCUGGAUGGACCAUACGCUCCACCUUCCUCUACUCUUCCUCGAGGCCGAGUCGGACCUCGAUCUCUCCCCGGAGUCCUACCUCCUCCUCUGGCACCUGACCGGGUAUUGGUAGCUUCUCUGGCUUGAUAAGUGUCCAACCAAAGAAUGAAAGGCGAGUCCUGUCUCAGUUGCCACCUGGCUAAUUUGUCCCGCAGAAGCGCUGCGGGACAGGAACCACGAACCCUCUUUGGAUGCGCGUGCGUUGCAGAAGUCUCGGCCGACUGGAGAGUCCGAGUUAAAGACAUAUUUUAGUUGGUUGGAGUGAAGACUAACUGGGGACUAUCAAUUUCAUCAUUAUAAUAAAGAGUUUUCUGUGCUCUCCAGUCAGGAUGAGUCUGCGCCGGGGUGUGUGGGUGGUGGUGUGUCCAACCCUUGUCCUGUAGCGGCCCCUGCUGGGCAUUCACACACUAAACAGAGAGUCAGGCAUUUCAUUUCCGGGGACUCCGAAUAAUUCCCGAGGGCAGCACGCAGGGACGAGGACGGUGGCUGUGAGGACUCCAAGGCUAUGGUCCCUUCCACAGCAAUGCACCGCGCGCGUACUACAGACUUGAGAGGAGCGCAGGCUCAGGUCGUGGUUUUAGGUACCCGUCUGCUCUCCCUGAGAGCAAGGGACGGGGGACCAGCCUCUCAAGCAUCUCCCCUCCGCGCCGUGCAAUGCGGCUACGGGAAUGCGCUUAGAAGUGAACGCCACCGCCCUUCCCUCAGCCCACGCCUAGCGCAUUAGCGAACUUCGUCUGGCGGUGUCGGUCAGGUUCCCAGGGUCCGACGCCCGCGGUACCCUGGGAAUGGUAGUCCGUGCAGGCCGCUAGUUCCGACUAGAACAAUGGGAGGAGUCUGAACCGGGGACCACACCUCCUCGAGACCAGGAACUGGCUCCCCGGCUCUCCGUCGCAGACCCCGUAGUCUCAGUUCUCGCGCCCUAGCUGUUGGCGGAAGAAGCAAGGCCGUCUGGACUACAUUUCCCAGAUGUCCUUGCGCCUCCCGCUCUCAGGCCGCGACGCGGGGUUCGCUUUCCAGGUG